AUGGACCGCCCUGACAAAGCUCUUCGUGAACUAUUGUCCGCCACACUGAUAGAACAGCUUAGUAGAGGGAUGCUGGCGGUGGUGGUGGCGUUCUUCAUCUGCUGGGCGCCGUUCCACGCGCAGCGGCUGCUCGCCGUCUACGCCUACAGCUCCGAGUCACUGCGGUCGUCGGCAACUUUCGUCACCAUCUACCAGGUCCUCACCCACAUCUCGGGCGUCUUCUACUUCCUCGGCACCGCAAUCAACCCGUUGCUCUACCACAUCAUGUCGCACAAGUUCCGGCAGGCGUUCAAGGAGACGCUGUCGGAGCUGUGCGGCUGGAGGCGGCGCAAGCGGCGGCCGAGGCGCGCCUACAGCGCCGUGUCGCCCGGCCACAAGGCGCCGGCGCGGUCGCUGCCGCAGCAGGCCGUGAGCAAUGACAGCCAGGCCACGCUCACCACAUCGCUCAGCAGGAUCAGCAUCGGCGCAGACGAGCUGCCCGCCGCGGCCGCCGCCGCCGCCGCCGCCGACCGCCGCCUAGACGUCAACGGCUGCUGCCACCACAAGCUGGAGCUCAUCAGCGAGCACUACUCCAACGAACGCACCAGCGACGGCAACGCGCCCGCGGCGGCCGAGGAGCGCUCCUCCGUCAGCAGCCUCGCCAAGAAGAUCCGUGACGGUACGCGCACCAUCUUCAAGCGCGAUGUGGCCACCUCCACUGCCUCUGCUACCCCCGCCAACGCGUCCGAGCAGCGGCCAUUGCCAGAGCCCGGUCGCCGUUCGCCCAAAUUACGGCACGCAGACUCGCUCCAUUUGAGCAUCGACAGCGCCAAGAGCACCAUCAGUAACUCCAGCUUGCAAGAUAUGGACGAGAUGGAAUUCGACAGCUCCGAGUUGGCCCACUAUAUGGGCGAGCUUAAUGAACAGGGCCUGGCUCGGUAGGAGACGCCAUACAUUGGCUGUCCAUUCUUGAAGACCGCUAGGACGUCAUCUUCAAAGCAACGACAAAAACCACCUAAAACUGAUGUAUAUUGUCUCGCUAGAACACUGUUUUCUCGCUAUGAAAAAGUACUUUGGCGUAGUUAAACUACUUAACGCUUUAAAGACAAUGCAUGUCCCACAACAUUGGAAAAAAUACUUUGACACAUAGAGUUAGCCCACACAAGCGGAGCGUCUGAGGUUACAAGGCGUCUGAAGACGCCAUCAGUCUCAUCAGCCAACCAGCGUGUACGGGAAAUGACGUGGAAGUAAUCGAAACAUAGUCGUGGGUUGUUUGAUCGCGUUAUUUUUUCCAUCUUCGCUUUUCCUCAGUACAGGUGUUAUAACUGCACACCCUAAACCAAUCUCGCAAACAUGUUUGCAUUUCUCGACCAUCUGUGGUUUACAAGCUGUAUGAAGGAAUACUUCCAGUCAUUAUGCAGUCUCAUGCAAUCGUCCUCCUCUAAACUACACUGAAAAGAGAAUAGCUAGACUGCUUGCGAUUCUGGGGCGGCUGUUGACAGCAAUUAAAUAAACUAUGACAUUGUAAAUCCCGGGAAAUAAGGAGAGAAAACUCAAGUAGCUGCUCCAAAUGCACCUUUGAAAAUUUCCCAGAACAGAUGAGAAUGACGAAAUGAGUGAGAUAGACGUGGAAAUUGUAGUGUUGCAUAAGCGGGGUGCUUGGAUAGUUACACCAGUGUCGUGCUAAGAAAUCUGCUGAAUUUAUGGAUUGAUAAAACAUAAUAUUGUUACACCUUAACGUGAAGACGAUCGUGAGAAUAUACUUCGUUCGAGCAGGUCACCCACGCCAAUGCCUUUUCUCAGCUCGUAGUCUUCGAUAUGCGCAAAAAUUUAGCUGAAUUUUUCUCAAGUACAUAGCUUGGGGAUUCAUUUUUAAUAGAGAUAGUACAUUUCACUACGGAAGAAUCCAUUUUUUUGCUUUGACUGAGGUAAAACAUGUAUUUCUGUGUUUAUGAAUCAGCCUAACCCAGGAGGUGUCGUUAUAUAAACUGAACAAACAUGAAACUGCGAAAUCUAUUCUGUUCAUAUUACAAGAGAAGGAGUACUCUGUCGAAGAUUACACUGACUGGUUACCACUUGAUAGUAUGAUAUCAUAGGCUGAUCAUGGACGUCUCCAUCAGUAUCAACUGAAUGACUUAUCUGCGUACUAGACUCGUACUCGGAAGUAAGGUUCAAAUGCCCAAACUACCGUUUUGGGUUAGAUUUCAUUCGUUUCUCGACAUAACUUCAGGUGAAUGAACGGAUGAUUCCUUCAGCAAGACCACGAAUGGUUCUCUCAGUCUUCAUCCAUACGAGUAAUUGCUCCAACGAUCUCGAUGCGGACAAGACAUUAAACGCUAAUCUUAUUUCCUUUGGUGAGGAUCAUGUUCUCACACUGUGUAGUAGAUUGUAUGGCUGCAUUAUACACUGUCCAGUCACAUUAAUGUGAUCAUCUGUCAAAAGCCUGAAUAAGCUCCUUUUGCAGUGCGAGACGUGCAGGAAGAAAGUCAAUGAGGUUCUGAAAGGUAGCAACAGGGAUAUGGAACCAUGCAGGCUCUAGUACUGAGACUAGCUACACAAGGUUUAUUGUUUAAGGAUCCAUAGUGCAGAAAGCCCGAUUGAGGGAGUUCCACAAAUUCUUAAUUGGGUUUUAAUCUGGGAAGUUUGUUGGCCAGCGGAGUACGAUAAACUCAUCCUGAUGCUCUUAGGACCACAAAUGUAACAGCGUGUGGUGUGACACUUUGCAGUGUCCUGCAAGUAGAUGUCAUCGUGUCGAGGAGAAACAAACUUCAUAUAGAGGUGUACAUGGCCCCCAAGAUAGAUGCAUACUUGUGUAGAUCCGUUGUGCCUCCCAGAAUACCGAAUUCACCCAAGUAAUCUCACGUAAACAUCCCCCAGACCGUAACCUUCCCUCCUGGUUGAAGGGAGUUUGCUUUCAACCGUUUCCCGUCAUUCAAGCCAACGACCAUCUAUCGGAUGGAGUAUAAAACGUCUUUCAUCUAAAAAGGCCACCUUUCGCCAUUCCGUGAAAAUCCAGUUGCGGUAUUGGCUUGCAAAUUGCAAGCUUCGUCGUCUAUGAACAGCAGUCAGCAUGGGUGCAUAAACCAGGCGCCUGCCUUGGAGGCCCAUACGCAGCAACGAUCGCGGAACAGUCGUUGAUGAGACACUGUUGGUAGCCCCUUGGUUCAUCUGGGCGAUCAGCUGCUCAACAGUUGCACGUCUAUUAGCCCGUACAAAUCACCGCAGCUGUUGUUCACCCGUGUCAUCUAAGGCUUGUAGCGCACUACAGUGCUUGGCUCCCGUUUUUGAUAGAGCUAUUUUGUCAUUUAAGGUACACUUUAACCUCGGUGGCAGGUGAACAGUCUACAGCCGUUUCGGAAAUGCUUCCACCCGUGGCGCGGCAGCCAGUGCUCAUACCCAUUUGCACUUGAGAUAAAGCGCUCCAUUUCCACAUUAUGACAACGAGUGCGCUGUUUUUCGGCGACCCCACUACGUGCUUUAUACACCCUGCAUUGCAAGUGCUGGCACUUGCCUUCUGUCAGUGAUUAAUGCGCAUUGAAGUUACACAUAGGCGAUGGACACGUUAAUGUGACUGGGGCAUGUAUAUUGCCACACAGUACACUUCUUGGCUCUAACACGGAAAAGGCAUAGAGAAAGGAUUCAUGUUGCUUCUUGUCAGAAAUAAUACGAUAUGAGUCACCAUCUCGGAUAAAGGAUUGGUCGUCAACACGUCGUGAAUAUGAAGAGGCCAUGUUUUGGUAUCGAGCCGAAGUGACCAAUGAAAUUCAUGGAAAACCUAAAUCAAAACAAUCAGACAGUUCUGAACACGUUCUUCCUGCAAAUCAGUCCAGUAAAGAUUCCAAAUUAAUGUCACUAACGUGAAAUCAUUAUUCUAACGAAAAUAACGCGAACUGUCGAGAUUGAUGUAGCUGAAAACAAAGGGUGGUGUUUUCUUUGUUUGUCCAGUGAGAGAUAUAAUCGUGUUUUGUUGAUGAUUAACAAUAAAUACAGGUAGGGAAUGUGAUCACUGCCCUGAAUUCGUAGAACGAAAAAAAAAUUGAAAAACUGACCACGUCCGUCGUUACUGCAACGGUAACCGAGAUGUAUUGUUCAAUUUUCAGUACUUCCCUGGACGUCAUUGAAGUUGGCGUAUCUAAAAUGCGGCUACGCAAAGACGUUAAGGACGUAGUUAAAGAGACAAACGGUGCCGGCGUGACUCAGUUACUGACUGCAAUAGCUAUUAUUGGCAGUGGGAAUGGAACACCGAAGGGGGAUCUAAGUAAACUGAGACUCAAAUAUUUCUGAGAUUGAAAGGAGACAGUCAGGAAAAACUCUCUGUGUGUAAUCCUCAAUCUGAUCUCAAAGACGAGGAAAUUUGUGAAAUCAUGAUUUCAUUCUGCAGUGCGUUAUUGGACGCACGGUUCACUAGCAAUGAUUACCAUCAGAUUUAUUUAGUAGCGAAUCAGUAGGCUUAUUGAGCGUGUAUUCGUGAUUUGAUAGAAAAUAAAAGUAUGGCUGACUGUGUUACUCCACUGUUUUGCACGUCGGAGAAGGAAGAUUUUGGACUCAUUUCUUGAAAGAAAAACUAAAACACCUUUUACGUGUAAACGGUCUUGCUUUACGUUUGGAAUAUUGUCUCACUGUUGAACGAAUGGCAUUUGGCUGCAUGAUACUCAAAAAUAACAUCAGGAGAGGAGCGUCUAGUGUGUAGUUUCAGAUAACUUGCGAAUAUUUUAUCUCUCUUUUACAACAAAACUAUCUAGUCAUAUGUUGCUCAGCUGACAUUAAACUUCAGUAACAGCGUAGUAUAUAAAUUUAGUAGGUAACGAUUAUACUGUAGUUCUUUAUAAUGAAUUGCUUUUUAGGACUGUGAGAAAUGCCCCGAGCUGUUCAUGUACUUUAUUUUUUUUCUCUUAAAUAUCCCGUAAACUGCGACGAAUCAACUAAUUAUUCUCAAUCUUAAAUUGUUAUUUUCACCAGAAUCAAGACGACACAGGGCUUACAUAUCUAUAUUUUAAGACUUUUUUUAAUUCCUUGAAUUUAAGUGUAAUUCCCUUUCCAAAAGCAACUGUAAAGUCCUUACGGGGAAGUCCUUUGCCUCACUAAGAGUAUGAGAGAAGAUACCUGUAAAAAGAGUUUCACAACGCAGAAAAAUUUGCUACACGUUACGACUUAAAACUAAACUGUGUCACAAUAGCUUGUAUCUUUUUGGAAUACGCAGCUGAAAUUUUCGCUAUAAAUGUACAAAAAUUCUUAUUUGCAUUUACCAUAUGAAAAAUUCUUGUUUGCGUAUACUUCUUAGACUCUACACCAUACUGUUUAGAAAACAUCUGGUGUCUUUAACGAUUCCUUCAAUCUGAUUGCUGUACGUAAGAAAUUUAUUUAUUAUGUUGUUGUUUCUCUGUAAGUCCCGGUAAUAUCUAUAAUUCGAGAUUUGCUAAGAGUUGGUGUCUGCUUGAGCAGCUUUUUCUUCCGAAGAUUGGUUACAAAUGUAUGUAUUUUUGUGAAUAAAUUCGUAUCUCUCCACUCA